UCCGGGCCUUAUCUAUCACUGUCUUCUCCUGUGAUGCCUAAAGUGGCGACCAUGAAAAACCCUAAAUUUCGUUCAUUAGAGACCCUAUUUUUAUUCUGGGUCCUCCUUUUAUUUGAAUUUACUACAGGUCAAGUAAAUCCAAAGCAAAAUCAUGGAUUUCAAUGGCAGGUUCUUACCAGGAGCAAUUUCUCUUCUCAGAUCCGAGCCCAUCCUUAUUUGUUGUUGUUAGUUACUGUUCCUUGGUCUGGUGAAUCCCGAUCCUUAAUGAGAGAAGUAGUGGAGCUAUCCAAUCAACAAAACGACAAUUUUGGCGGUCUAAGGCUAAUGGUUGUAUACAACAAUACAGAAAAGAUGCUUGCAGAUGUUCUAGGUGCUUCCAAAGGAAUUACGUUUUUCUGUUAUCGUCACUCAGUGGCAUACAAAUAUCGAGGGAGGUUACGGGCACAAAACAUACUAUCCUCUGUUCACCAUCUUAUGAUGCUUCCAUCUGAAGAGCUGCCUAUGAAAUCACUGAACACCGAGAUGGAGUUGCAGAAUUUUAUACAUUCCACUGAUAAAGCUGUAAUUCUCUUUGAAUUUUGUGGUUGGUCACCCAUUCUCUUAGCCAAAAGCCAUGGAGAGGGAAAUAUGAGUACUCGACAUGGAGAUGAUUCUUCAAAAAGUGACAUUAACCAAGAAAAUAUCUUUCAACAAGAUGAUGACCCACUUGCAUCUGACAGGAAGAAGAGCAAGAGACAACCAAGUACCUUCGAAGGUAACCACAGUCGGACUGAUUUAGGACCAAGGAUAGAAGGGAGUCUCUCAGGUAACUCAAAUCCUGAUUCCGAAUUUCUUUUGGCUCAAAAACAGGGAAUGACCAUUGAGAAGCUAACCUGUGCUGUCGAGAAAGAACCAAAUCCUCUCUCUUGGCUUGAUGAAUUCACCUGGGGAAAUGAGAGUUCCCCUGCAAUAUCUGAUGAAUAUGAGCGAGCUAGCAAAUCUUGUACUCCUGAUGAGUUUGAGAGGUACAAGUCCUUCUUAACAAAGUUCACAAAGGCCUUAAGGGAGUAUAUCCUACCACCAGAGAGGCAAAGAUUUGGCCUUAUAACAAGGAGAUCUCUAAUUUCUUCCUUGGGGGUUGAAAAUCCAGGCUCAUGGGCACUCAUGGUCCAAUUUGUGGGAUGUCCCAAUUGCUCUGAAGUUUUUGUGGAAGGAAAUGACUUUGAGAACGCCUUGGUAAUGUGUUACCCCUUUGUCAAGGAGCUAGAAGGUGAGGCAUACAAUACCAAGUCCAAAUUACCCGCAAAAGAACCUUCGAUGAUUCUCUUUUUGGACAGAUCAUCAGAAUCAUCAGAGAUCAGAGAAAAGAGUGAAGCAGCUCUUAGCGAAUUCAAACAGCUAGCACUGCAUACACAACUUCUGGGUCGGAUCAUAAUGGGAAGAAGCGCCUCUAAAAAACGCUAUAUUGGAAAGAGUGAACAUGUUUCGGAUCCUUUGAGCCCUUUCCUUAUGCAAUUGGUAGAAGAACUGGGGAUGAGUAAAUUCAAAGAGAGAAUGACCGUAAAAAUUGUUGGUGGAGUUGGAAAUAUUGAGUUAGAUAACAUUGCCACAGUUGGAAGUGGCACUUCUGCACAUGACAUUUUGGCCAACCUACUCCAGCAUAAGGGUCCUCCAGCGAAGCAAAAGGUUGGGAAAAUAAGCUUGCUGGCAAAGGAAGCCGGCUUUCAACUUUUAUCCAAUGAUAUUGAAAUAAAACUAUCUGAUGUCUUAGAACCUGAAAUCAGUGAAGAAAUGGUGCAUGGGGAGACAACUCAAGUCAUUAGCAAGGAUGACACUUUUAGGGGUGACCAACAAGGCAAUACAGUGCAUUAUAGAGACUCAGAUUUCAGUUCUACAGGAUCUUCACAGAAGUCCAUUAAAGAAGAGCCCAAUGCUUGUAAUAACGUCGAAUCAGAGAAUGGGGCAUGUCCAAGUUCUACUGGAGAAGACUUUGGGCUUGUGGAAAGCUCACCUGAAAUAUUGAUGGCCAAAGAUGAGGAAGGGCAAGUGGGUGAUAAUGUAGAGGAGGAAAGUCCAGAGGAUUUAGAACAGUUGGGGGAAAAUAAAGACCAUUAUCGUUCUUUUGAAGGAUCAUUUUUCUUUUCUGAUGGUGGAUAUCAAUUGCUUAGAGCUUUCACUGGUGAUUCGAUUAUUCCAUCUGUGGUAAUUUUGGACCCAAUCAGGCAGCAACAUUAUGUAUUCCCUAGAGAAAAUGUUGUAGAGUUUUCUUCUCUCUCCCACUUUCUUGAUGCAUUCACAAAUGGAAGUUUUCCUCCAUAUCAGCGCUCUCAAUCACAACCCCCAAAUCUAAGAGAGACCCCAUGGCCACCAUUUGUGAAUCAGGAUUUCCAUGAAGCUGAUGCCAUUCCUAGGGUCACCACCGAUACAUUUUCAGGCCUAGUUCUAGGAUUCAAUCUCUGUGAUGGUGUCUAUGGGGCUUCAUGCAUGAAUACUCAAAAUCUUGGGCCUGCUUGGAGAAAAGAUGUGUUGGUUCUCUUUAGCAAUUCUUGGUGUGGAUUUUGCCAGCGAAUGGAAUUAGUGGUUCGUGAGGUAUAUCGUGCUUUCAAGGGGUACAUGAAUGUGUUGCUGAUUGAUGCCAAUAUUGGAGAGGACAUGAUUUAUGAAGCAAUAUACAUGGCAGGUUAUUCAAAGGAUGCCAUGUUGAAAGACCUGCCUUCUGUGUAUAGUAUGGACUGUACAUUGAAUGACUGCAGCACACUUCUAAAAGCACUUGGUCAGAGGGACCUUUAUCCAUCUUUGAUUCUAUUUCCAGCUGAGAAAAAGGAUGCCAUUUAUUAUGAAGGAGACAUGUCUGUAGCUAAUGUUAUUGAUUUUAUAGCAGCUCAUGGGAGCAUCUCUGGGCAUCUUUUAGCAAAAAAAGGCAUUCUUUGGAGUGAAUCGCACAGAGAGGGCAGAACAAGGACCCCACGAGGCAAUUUCACCUCUACCCCAAUCCACAACCGAAAUUCUGCGACAAGUACCCCACAGCAUGAGGUUGUACUUAACACUACGCGGUUAAGAGAGGAUGAACCAGAUGCUAAUUCUGAUAUACCACAAAAUUCAUGGGACAAUGAUCAACAUAUAGAAUUUGGUUCAAUUCUAGUUGCCACUGAGAAGCUUCUCAAUGCACCUCCAUUUGAGAGCUCUAUGAUUUUGAUUGUGAAGGCAGACCAAACAGAGGGUUUUCAAGGUCUUAUAGUUAAUAAGCAUAUUAAAUGGGAAUUCCUUCCUGAAUUAGAUGAUGGAUUCAGAUCAUUAAAAAGCGCUCCUUUGUCUUUUGGUGGUCCACUUAUAGUUCAAGGUUUGCCUCUUAUGAGCUUGGCUCGUUAUGGUAGUCAUGAGGGCUAUGCAGAAAUCCUUCCAGGUUUUUAUUUUGGUGGGCAAUGGGCUACCAGUAAUAUUAUUCAGCAGAUACAUUCUGGAAAUCAAACUGUUGAAGACUUCUGGUUCUUCUUGGGUUAUGCAAGUUGGGGAUGGCAACAGCUUUUUAAUGAGAUAGCAGAAGGUUCUUGGCGGGUCGAGAGUCAUGCAACAGCAUCAUUGGAGUGGCCUGAAGUUUGAGUAGGUUCCAUUUAAUUUUGAGAGAGAGAGAGAGAGAGAGAGAGAGCAUUUUGGGGUAUAUACAACUUCCAGGAAAAUUUUGGCCAUGAGAGAGCGUUUUGGGGAGACAACUUCCAGAUAAAUUUUGGUUAUGAGAGAAAGCAAUAUAGGUAUAAGAAUCUGAAAAGGAGCAUUUUGUGUGUUAGUGUGCAUGUGUUUUGGAGCAUUUUGUGUGUUAGUGUGCAUGUGUUUUGAGAGAGAGAGAGAGAGAGAGAGAGAGAGAGAGAGAGCAAUUUUGGUGGAAAAUUUUAUGCCUGCUCCCUGAUCCCAUAUAGACUUGAUUGUAUUUCUGAAGGUCUCAGGGGUUCCAAAGUUCUCGUAAUCUAAUUCUUUAUCAGAAGUGUAAGGCUUAUUCCCAUCAAGGUCGGCAGCAGGCCUGAUUGUUAGUGGAAACUAAAAGAGUGACAAGGUGACAAGAAGAAGUGGGCUGUGUAGCAGUAAGAAGGUAGAAGUACCUCUUUACAGUAUGGUGAUAAGCAAUUGCUGCACUUUCUGGUGAAACAGGUGGUUAUCCUUCCAUCAAUGGAGUAACCAAAGCCAACAUGCUGGAAAAGCGGUCAUCAGAUAUCAGUUGUCAGAUAGUCUGUUAAGGACUGCUCCUGCAUUUUACUACUCAAUACUACCCACAUAUUUUAAUGUGGCUCAAUGCUGAGAGAGAGAGAGAGAGAGAGAGAGAGAGAGAGAGAGAGAGCAACAAACCAAGAUUUGUUUAGUGAAUUGUAUUUUGCUUUCAUCAUGUUGUAAGAUGUUGUUCACUUCGUUAUGAGAAAAACUACUACUUUUGAAAUGCUUGGGGUUGUGAAAUGUGUGCAAUAACAUGGGUUGAUUUGAUUCCUUCGCUUUA